CAUAGAAUCUCUACCAAAAUAGCUUCCCCUGUCCACUCCACAUGAUUAAAAAUUAAUGCUGCGCUUCACCCUCCUCAGCUAACCACCACCAGCGCCCCCACAUGGCUCCUGCACCCUCCCACUUCCUCCUGCUCGCUCUCCUUCUACUCCUCACAUACGCAGCACACACCAGAGAAAGUCCACCUCCCACUCCCCAACGAAUCAUUGCACCACCGCCGCCCGACACCGACAAUGACACCUCGCCGCCUUUCAGACCAGGCAUAGCGGUGGUCGUAUGCGUUUUGACCACCAUAAUCUCCCUCACAUCACUCCUCCUUCUUUACAUCAAACACUGCAACGGCGGCGCCAUCCAUAGCGGCGGGAGCUCGAUUCCGUGGACGGUGGCGCCGUUCUCCGGGAGAAAGAACUCCGGCAUUGACCGGACCGUAGUGGAAUCGCUUCCCGUUUUCAGAUUCGGAGCGCUGCGGGGACAAAAGGAAGGGCUGGACUGCGCGGUGUGCCUGACGAAGUUCGAGGCGGCGGAGGUUCUCCGGCUGUUGCCGAAAUGCAAGCACGCGUUCCACGUCGAGUGCGUGGACACGUGGCUGGACGCGCAUUCCACGUGUCCUCUGUGCCGGUACCGCGUGGAUCCGGAGGACAUUCUUCUGGUGGAGGACACAAAGCCUUUCCGCUGCCAAACUCAGCCCCAGCGCAACAGCCAGAACAACAACACGAACCAGGAACGCGCGCGGUUGAAUAUGGACGUGGAGAAGCAGGAGAUUGGGCGGAGGCAUUCGUCGGUGGGGGAGAGGGGAACGGAGGAGCAGAGUCGGAGGUGGACGACGUCGUUCAGGAGGUCGUUGGAUAGCGCCACAUCGAGGAAAAAGAACGAGAGCGUUGGUGUUGUUGGGUUUGGUUGGUUUGUACGUGGCAGAAAAGACGGGAUGUUGUUGACGCAAGAAACGGAGAGAGAGGGAGACAGGACAAGCGCGGAACGGAGGUUGGAACACCGGAUCAUUGUCUCCCCUGGCCCGGAGCCAGGCCCAGGGAAAAUGAAAAUGAAAAUGAAUAUGAAUAUGAAUAUGAAUGGGGUCCAGCAGAGAUGGAGCGACGUGCAAGCUUCGGACCUGCUGUAUCUGACGUCGGAGAUGAUAAUGAGCGAGGCGCAAUGGAACACGCGCCGAGGUGGAAGACGAAGGGGGACGCGCCGUACCAAUGAUGAUGAGGUUGAGGACAGUUGGAGUGGCAGAGGGAUAAUAAAUUCGAGAAGUGUGUCUGAGAUCACGGGAUUGAGCAGGUUCUCCAGCAAUGGCAAUAAUAAUAACGAGGAGGACACAGAGAGACAGAGAGACAGAGAGUGGGAGCAACAAGGACAAGGACAUGGAGAGAGAGAAAGAGAAGAGGGUCUGGUGAGAAGGUGGUUGGGUUGGAUUUCCAAGUCUCACACACAUUCCCAAACCCAACCAUCGCUCUUUUUAUUUCUCUCUUUCUUUAACUUUGUGCAACAAUUGAACAAAGUGCAACUGAUAAAGGAGGCACGUGGAUGGAAGGGACAUGAUCCUGCACCAGUGUGCAUGAAUGGGAUACGGAUACGGAGAGAGAUCCCUUCUCUCUUCUCUUACGCACUUCCUCAAUUAUUUCUUCUCACUCUCCAUGCACUCACACACACACACUUACUUUUUAACUAUGCUUUUUCUUUUUAUAUCCUUUCGUCUGUAAAUAUCAAACACAUCUCAUAUUAAAUUGCCUCACUUUGUCGUUUCUUCCCAGUCUUCAAAGUUUAAAUAAUGCUAACAU